ACGUUCGAGUGCGUCACUGACGGUGGGCACGUCUAACGUAAUUUUGUGUGUAAAUUUACUCAACCCACUACGAAAUUACUUUUUCAACGAGUGCGGAUUUACUGAAGGUACGGGAAGACGCCAGUAUGUCUUCACUGUCGUUUUGGGCUAAACUUCAACUAAGGCAGAGUGGAAGUCUCCUGUUUCAAAUAAAUGCAUUUGCUUGUCCAAGCCAGACUUUGAGGUGGCACAGCACUGACAGACGAAGAAGGGUUGUUAUUACUGGCGUAGGUCUUGUGUGUCCUCUGGGCAUAGGGACGGAUUUACCUUGGAACAACCUAAUUAAGGGCCAGAGUGGAAUUGUGGCUCUUAGCUCGGAGGAUUAUAAAACAAUUCCCUGCAAAGUAGCAGCCUUGGUACCCAGAGGAAAUGCAGAAGGUCAAUUUAAUGAGGAAAUGUUUGUAUCUCGCGGAGAGGUAAAUAGCAUGUCACCAGCCACGGUGAUGGCACUUGCAGCUGCUAAGCUUGCCCUGGAGGACUCAGGGUGGUACCCUACAACCGCAAAGGAACAACUCAGCACUGGUGUAGCUGUUGGCAUGGGCAUGGUGUCGCUGGAUGAAAUAGUAUCUACCUCUGUAGCCUUCCAAAAAAAGGGCUACAAGAAGAUAAGCCCCUUUUUUGUGCCUCGUAUUCUUGUAAACAUGGCUGCUGGGCAUAUAAGUAUCAAGCACAAUCUAAAGGGUCCGAACCACGCUGUAUCCACAGCAUGCACCACCGGCGCACAUGCGAUCGGGGAUGCUGCAAGAUUUAUCGCCCAUGGUGAUGCAGUUGCUAUGGUUACGGGUGGGACAGAGUCCUGCGUUGGGCCGCUGUCAAUAGCUGGGUUUGCAAGAGCACGUGCUCUUGCCACCAACUGGAAUGACCAUCCCAAAUUAGCUUCAAGACCCUUUCAUCCAGAAAGAGAUGGUUUUGUGAUGGGUGAGGGAUCAGCUGUGAUCCUGUUGGAAGAACUGGAGCAUGCAGUAAAGCGCGGAGCCAGAAUGUAUGCGGAGGUGCUGGGAUAUGGACUCUCAGGAGAUGCCAACCACAUUACCACGCCUGCUGCAGAUGGAGAUGGAGCAUUUAGAUGCAUGUCAGCUGCCAUCAAAGAUGCUGGCAUCUCACCAGAAGAUGUGUCUUAUGUGAAUGCCCACGCCACCUCCACACCCUUGGGUGAUUCAGCGGAAAAUGCUGCCAUCAAGAGGCUCUUUCACCAAAGUGCAGGAAGCCUGGCCGUGUCUUCGACGAAAGGAGCCACUGGACAUCUCCUUGGGGCUGCAGGCGCUCUGGAGGCAGCAAUCACUGCUCUGGCUUGCUACCAUGGUAUAUUGCCCCCAACUCUCAAUCUGGACCGCACCGAGCCAGAAUUUAAUUUAAAUUAUAUUCCUUGUAUAGCACAGCCAUGGCAGACUUUGGGCAGAAGGGUGGCCCUCUCAAACUCAUUUGGCUUUGGGGGAACAAAUGCCACGCUGUGUAUUGCUAGCAUCUAAAAAUGUAAACAUUUGUAAAUGUUUAAAAGUACUUUAAUCAGAGUUUUGAAUCAUAAA